ACUACGCUAGAGCCUACCGAGAAAUCUGAAUCACAGAAAGACAAUAAAGAUAUAAUCAUUAUAGUUUCUGCGGCUGGCGGAGGUGUCCUUGUAUUGAUACUGAUUAUCGUUAUAGUUGUUUGUCUCGCGAAAGGAAGAAGAAAGCCCUCUGGUGAUGAGUAUGUACAGAAUGGAAUGAUCAUGUCAAAUGAUAAAGUAAACAACGAAGCACACCCGGUGAAUCCUGGAAAAGUACACGUAAAAGAGGACUACAUAUAUGCGCAGCCUGAUAAAUCUCGUAUGAGGAAGAAACAAAGUAAAAAGGAAAUAAGUAAACCGCAGAAAAUGUACGACAACAUUGCGAUUGAUCUAGAAGAAAACGAAGCAACUGCUACGGUAAAUGAAAACGAUGUGGACAAAAUACAAUUAGAAGAAUUGGAAGAAGGUCCUACAAAGUUUAUAGAGACAGAUGUCAAACCACCCAGCACAGACUUAUACUACAAUACCUCAAGUUUGAUUCGUAGUCGCAUACAAGUUUCAGAUAUUCUAGAAUACGUCAAGAAGAAAAAUGAUUAUGAAAAGGAAUUUGAGAAAUUACCCAAAGGUCUUACAAGAACGUGCGACGUAGCUCUCAAACGAAACAAUUGCGCAAAAAAUAGAUAUAACGGAAUAUAUGCAUAUGAUGCGACACGAGUUGUUCUACAAAGCAAAAACUAUAUCAAUGCUAAUUAUAUAGACGGUCACAAGGCGUCCCCAGCUUAUAUUGCUUCCUUGGGGCCAACUAAGAGCACAAUGAGCGAUUUUCAAGAUUUUUGGGAAAUGAUUCGGCAAGAAAGAACAGACAAAAUAGUCAUGUUGACUAACUUGGAAGAGUCUAAGAAAAUGAAAUGUGAACAAUAUUGGCCAGAACAAGGAGGAGCUAAGAAGUAUGGUAAAUACAAAGUUACAAGCGCAGCUGAGAAAAGGUUUACUGAAUUCACAGUUAGAGAGUUUACCAUAAAUGCAAAGUCUGAGACGAGACAAGUGACACAAUAUCACUACACAGCAUGGCCUGACAAAUCCGUUCCUGAUGGUGUUGCAACUUUGUUAGAGUUCAGAGACAAAGUUGAACAAUCACAAACAACAAAUGUUGGUCCAAUGGUUGUCCAUUGCAGUGCUGGUAUUGGUCGAACUGGAACCUAUAUCGCCCUUGAUAUACUCAUAAAAGAAGGCAAGGAUGACAAUUAUGUCGACUUUUUUGGCUGCGUGAUGGCGCUUCGUGGACAAAGAGCUCACAUGGUGCAAAAUUUGGAUCAAUAUAUAUUUCUUCACCCCUGUGUUCUGUAUGCUCUGACCUGUUACGCUGAACCGCUCUCGCUCACUUCAAUACCAAAUAUUAUGACAGAUGAAAAAAUAUUACAACAGUAUCAGACUUUUACGGACAUUCAAAUACCGAUGGACAAAGAUCGUAGGUCAGUUGCAAACAGUAAAAGCAGAAAAGGAAUUAGAAGUGGAGCUGACAUUCCUUGCGACGACCAUAGAGUGCCAUUGACCUUAGCAGGGCAUGAUUACAUAAAUGCAGUCUAUGUUAAUGGAUACGAAAAGUCCAACAAAUUUAUUCUGGCACAAACACCUUUACCGAAUACAGUGGAAGAUUUCGUAUUUAUGUUGUAUCAAGAAAAGUGCCCAUGUAUUGUAUGUCUUGAUGAAGAAAAUAUAAAGGAUAAAACGGUCGGGUACUAUCUUCCACAUGCCAAUAAAGCGUCCAAAGUUGGGCAUUUUCAAGUGACAUGCAAGACAUGUAACUCAACGGAAGAUAUAGUUGUUCGAGAGUUGACGAUUUUACGCAAUGGAUCGCAAUCAUCAGAAGAAUUGAAAAUCAAACAUUACCAGUUCAGAGGUUGGAAUAACUCCGAAAGUGCCCCUUCAAGAGUUGAACUUUUCUUAAAGAUGGUUAAGGACGUUGAAAAUGAGAGAAAGGCUCAGAAAUCGGAACAGCCAAUCGUAGUUCAUUGCUUAACUGGGGCCGAAAGAAGUGGUCUUUUCUGUGUUGUUUCUUUGCUUUCGGAGAAGCUUCUCUUUGAAAAAGAACUCAGUGUACUUAAUACACUAUGUCAAGUUCGCACUAGGAGGCGGUCAGCUUUUCAUGACAUAGAACAUUACCGGUUCUGCUACAAAUGUGUGAAGGAAAUGUCCGAGAUUUCCGACUCAAGCACAUACUACAAUAUGAACAAUAUGUAAAUGGGAAAGGAAAUAAAACUGACUGCAUUUCUCAUCAAUGAGUCUGUUUGUAGGAGUUAUAGAUUUAUCUUUUGGAAUUAUUAAGUGAUAACAUAGUCCAAAUGUAAAACAAUCAAUAUUCACGUACUGCUGAAGUUAGAAUCUUAGCUUUUUCAUUAUCAUGUGUUACAAAAAGUGUUUUCAGUGAUCUAUGUUGGUGACCGCUUAUAUAUCCUGCGAGACACAUACGCGAUUAAGGCAUCUAAAGCUAUAAACGUUCGCACUGAAUCCAGUCUGUGUUAUUAUAUUAUUCGGGAUUUCAAAAAUGAACGUAAAUGCAAAAGUGAUUAUAUUUAUGUCGCUUAUCCUUAACAUGGCAAUGUUCAGUGUCCCCGUGAGAAGCAAUGUGAUAUUUAUAUAAUAUAAGUAUAGUUUUAAUAUAUCAGUUUUACUUAAGGCAAAUGAGACAUUAUCUAAUAUUUAUAUUUCAAUAUCUAUGUUUUACCAGCAUACCUUUUCCCUCAGCGAGGAGUAAGUCGAAUAUAGUAGAUGUGAAAAUACAUAUACACCGUUAUCAGCCUUUUAACGAUUGCAUAAAUACCUCCUCCUAAAAAAUGUAUAUUUGUUAAAGAGUCUUUGAGGCCUGGCAGAGUAAAUGGCCAUUGGACGUGGAAAGAGUAAUUACAAAGCGCAUAUCAGGCAGGGGAGUAUUGAUCAUAUUUAGUGAUAGCUCUAGUUUAUGUGUGUCACACGUAAUAUAUACAUUGUCGUCAGCUAUAUUUCUAUUUUCAUACUUCAGCGGUUUACUUGUUUCUAUCAAAAGGAAAUAAAUGAUACAUGUAAUUGAAAAAUACAUGUAUGUCAUUUACAACCUUUCUUAUCAACCAACAAGUUGAAAUGCAUAUAAUGUGUGAAUAAUGUUUCACAAACAAUAACUACUAUAAAAUGCUGCUUAAAAUUAAGUUUAUACUGACUUUUUUCUAGUUAAUCAUGGGAAAAUGACAAUUCGAUAAGUUCUUUUGUCAUUUUGUGUACUUUCUAUGUUAUUCCUUCAUUGUUUUGUAGAGUUGCAUAUUAAUUACGAGUAUGUACGUUUCCGUUAAUUUUAGUUAAACGGUUCAUUUUUAGCUGCUUAAUCACUGUUAGUACGCACGUGUAAGAGUCUUAUUGAAAGUGAUUUCUUAGGGUUAGCUUUACAAAGCUUAUAACAAAUAAAUAUUCCUGAUGACCUUGCUUCGAUCACGUCGGGAAUUUUUGUAAACAUUUUACUGUAUAAGGUAGACAAUGACUUUUCCUCAAAAAUCGCACCGUUGCUUAUUAUUAUAUUUAAAAGCAUUACUUACUGAAACUAGAAAUUAAUUUGUCAUGCUUCUGUAGUAUUAGUUUCAUACAAAUAUAGCAUUAUGGUCGUGAUGUUUGAUUUUUUGCUUUACAAAUAUACAUCAAAAUUUGAACAGUUUGAUCUGUUUCAUACUGUCUAUAAAAUUGUUUUGCUUUCUAUGCAUCCAUUAUGCGUAUUGUUCUGUACCUGCCUUUGUAAUAAACAAUAAUUAUAGUUA